UUGCAAGAUUGUUGAUGGUUUUUUGACGGUUAGUAGUUGUUAGAAUGGUGAGCGGAGGAGGAGGAAGAGGAGGAGGCAAUAAUCAACAGGAAGGGGAGAAGAACCCGUCGGUAGUUUCAAGGGGAGGAGGUACCAGGUCAUGGGGCACCACGGUUUCCGGCCAAUCUGUGUCCACUAGCGGCAGCGUUGGCUCUCCUUCCAGCCGCAGCGAGGCGGCCAUGGCCACUCCAGCCAGCGACACCACUUUUUUUAGGUUAAACCACCUUGAUAUUGACGCCGAUGAUACUGGAUCUCAAGGGGCUGCUGGGAAGAAGAAAAAAAGAGGUCAACGAGCAGUUGGAGGGGAUAAAAGUGGUAGAGGUCUCCGCCAGUUUAGCAUGAAAGUUUGUGAGAAAGUUGAAAGCAAGGGAAGAACAACUUACAAUGAGGUUGCAGAUGAACUUGUAGCUGAAUUUGCAGAUCCAGGCAAUGGUCUGACAUCUCCAGACCAGCAACAGUACGACGAGAAAAACAUACGGCGAAGAGUGUAUGAUGCCCUGAAUGUCCUUAUGGCAAUGGAUAUAAUAUCCAAGGAUAAAAAGGAAAUUCAAUGGAAGGGCCUACCUCGAACUAGCUUGAAUGAUAUUGAACUGCUAAAGACAGAGCGUCUUGGACUGAGAAGUAAGAUUGACAAAAAAGCAGCUUAUAUGCAAGAACUGGAGGAACAAUUCAUAGGUCUUCAAAACCUUAUACAGCGCAAUGAGCAACUGUACAGCUCUGGAAAUUCUCCUAGUGGUGGUGUGGCUUUGCCUUUUAUACUGGUGCAGACACGCCCUCAUGCAACUGUUGAGGUGGAAAUAUCAGAAGAUAUGCAGCUGGUGCAUUUUGACUUCAACAGCACCCCUUUUGAGCUACAUGAUGACAAUUAUGUUCUGAAGGCAAUGAAAUUUUGUGAAAGACCACAGGGUGAUGAGGUAGCACCAAAUUUUUCCACAGAUGGAGGCGAAGGCUCCAGCAUGUCCUUCCACACUCAAAUCACUCAACCUGCCCGAUCAAAUGUACCGGAUAGGCCUCUCACCUCGCCUCCUCUUCCUGGAAUAUUGAAGGCACGUGUUAAGCAUGAGCAUUAGUGUGCAAGUUUCAAGCUUUGAUUAUCUUACCUGGGAGCCAUAAUCUCAUCACAUUUGUAUAUUGUGUAAAAUACAUUGCCAGAAGAGGGGGAGGUGGUGCCCGGUGCCUCUUUUUGAGACUUCAUUAUCUUAGAUUUUGUUCAAGUUGAUGGGAGUGGAAGGUAAUGCAGAGAUCUUUCUGCUUGUAAACUCUUGGAGAUGGUCUGUUUCCGUCAAAAUUAUCUGUGCUCUACAUAUAUCCAUGAUAGGCUAAUGUAAUUUGUUUUAGUAAUCACUUUUCUGUU